AAAAUCAUGUCUAGAUCGAUACAACCGCUGAAUUUAGCGGGAGUAAUUGGGGAUGUUCUCGAUGCCUUCACUCCAACGAUUAAGAUGAGAGUGGUGUACAACACAGACAUGGAGGUCAAAAAUGGCUUUGAGUUCUUGCCGUCCUCUAUUAUAUCUCCACCUCUAGUUGAACUUCUUGGUGGUGAAUUUGGCUCUUUUUUCACCUUGAUAAUGACUGACCCAGAUGCUCCUAAUCCUAGCGAUCCCACCGGCAGGGAGUAUCUCCACUGGUUAGUGACUGAUAUACCGGGGACAAAAUCCACCUCUUUUGGUAGAGAAAUCAUUGGUUAUGAAAGUCCGAAUCCGAUGGUUGGAAUCCAUCGAUAUGUGCUGACACUGUUUAAGCAAAGUGGGAAGGGAAGAGUAGAUCUUCCAAAUUCACGUCGCCGUUUCAAAACUAGGGCAUUUGCAGAGAGUAACGGACUGGGAUUACCCGUUGCUGCCAUUUAUUUCAAUGCCCAAAGAGAGACAGCAGCACGAAGACGUUAA